GAUGACCGAGGAAGGAUGUGCACCAGCGGCCAGAUCAUUGGGAGCCUCUUGGUGCUCUCUGUGCUGGAGAUAGGGCUGGGGGUGUCCAGCGUGGCCGUGGGGGCGGUCAGCUUCAGCCUGGCCCUCCGAGAGCACAAGCCGCAGCUCGGAGACUCGUCCCCGUUUCUUCUUUGUGGCAUAUGUGGAAUAUUGUGCGCCAAAAAAAAAUCGGGACUUGUCAUGAUCCUCUUUUCAGCCUGCUGUAUCUGUGGACUCAUUGGGGGCAUCCUGAAUUUCCAGUUCCUUCGGGCAGUCACAAAAAAGACCUCUUCCCUGUAUCCUCUGCACCUUGCCUCCAUGUCUCUCGCGUGCAUUGGGAUCGGAGGCUGCACACUCUCUUCCUGGCUAACUUGUCGACUGGCCAGCUAUGAACAGAGGAGGAUGUUCUCAGAAAGGGAGCACUCCCUGCACCACUCUCAUGAGAUGGCUGAGAAAGAAAUGACCGACAACAUGAGCAAUGGAGGACCACAACUGAUCUUUAAUGGAAGAGUAUAAUCAAUGUUUUAAAGAAUUGAACAUUUUUUGGAUUUUCAUGAGGCAAGGAGAUACCAAGGGAUUAGGAGAUAAAAUUAAAAUAGUUCUUGCAUUUUUUUUUAAAUUUCUCCUGAGCAUCUACUAAUUAUUCCUCCUCAACUUGCCUCACUUAUUUCUCCAGCUUUUAUAAUGGGGUGAAAAACUUUCCAGAAAUGUUCUAGUACAGUAAUUUCAACAGACAUUCCAGAUUGUUGUAAAGAAGACUUUUCAUGAAAAAAUAAAUAAAUGAAACAGAAAUAAGUUUCGUAUUCUACACAAACACUAUUUGACUAGCAUGAGUAUUAGAUUUGUAAUGACAUAUUUCAUAUGAGUAAUUGAGAAGUGCAAAUAUCAAGAAAUAACAAUAACUUAUUGAUGUCUUUGUUUUGGAAGACGAAUGGCUUCAAGAAUGCCACAAUUCAAAACCUCAAUAAUGCCUUGUUAUAAAAACAUUGUAAUUAUUUUCAAUUUGCCAAUGAACUAUAUUUCGUAAUUUAUAUGUAAAUGACAAAAAUACCUAACACAUAAAAAAGAGAUUUUUUUUAGAGAGAGGAUACUAAUCUGUAUGAUAUUUUUUCAUUUUUGCACAAGAGUGAAAAGUUGUAAGUGCAUAUCCUUUAAGAAAAUAAACAUGUUUUGAUCAUACCGUGCAGAUUGAUCUGCAUGUUCAUAAAUGAGCGCAAGAAUAAAGUAUGUGUGUGUAUGUAUGUACAUAUACUGUAGAUAUAGAAAAUAUAUACAGCAUAUAUUUAUAGCAUUGAUGAAUGGAAAUAGGUAGUAGAAAAGAAAUUGUGAUGCUGUGGGGUAUCAAGAUUCUAUUCCAACAGAGAUGGGAAGGCAAUUGCUGAAGGCUUUUCUAUGCCUACAAAGUCACAUAUUUAAUUUCUACUAAAUUUUCCCAUUUUUCUUCUUUUUAUGUCUGUUGUGAGUAAAUAUUAUUGUGGCUGAUAUUUAUGGAGACAAGUGGUCAGAAUAGUGUAGUAUAAAGAUAGAAUACUCAAUAAUUUGGCUCUUGUAUUAUGAUUAUCGUAUUUAUGUAAUAGCAAUUUUUAAGAUUUAUUUAUACACAUUACUUUAAAUCAUAUACUUCCAUAUUUAUAAAUAAAAACAUUAUAGCUUCUGAUUAUUCAUGAUAUUUAUAUUUCAAACACCUUGCAGACAAAUUAAAUCAUGCAAAAGAGCAGACGAUGUGCCCCCACCAAAAUGAAGUUAUAAUUAGCUUUGCUAUAAUUUAGGUGUUUUGUUUGUUUUGUUUUGUUUUACGGUUCACAUGGAAUAAUAUAGAAAGACCAUGUAUAAAAAAACAUAUAGUUAAAGAACCUGAAAGAAUUACCUGAAGAAGGAAAAUAAAAGGAUAAGCUUACAUUUAUAUAGCUAAAUACAAUCUUUCUCUUCCAUAAUGCAAUGUUAAAAUAGCAACCAACUACAAUACACAUAAGCAACAAAAAUAGCAUGGCCUUUGAAAAUAUUUAUGAGAACAUAACCUGUGGCAACAGAUAAUGAAAUCUAUUUUUAUAAAAAAUAUUGCUCUCAUUGUAUUAUAUGCUUUUACUUGUCACCAAAGAUAAUCAAUUUUCUAGUCAUUUUUAUGAUUUACUAUUGAGCCAUAGGUAAAUUAAAACCUUUAAUAUUCAUUAUGAAAACAUGUUUUAAUUUCUAAACAAAACAUAUGUUUUAAUUGUGCUAACAAAAUAAGAAUAAUUCUAGUUAAUGGAAAUCUUUUAGUUUUACAGCAAUGUAAUCAUCAUCAUCAACCUAUUUUAAAAAGCUCAUUUAAAAAGGCUGUAUCUAUUCAAUAGAAAUAACUGGACUAUGAUUGUUUGGUGUAGUUUUUGAAGUCUCCCAACUCAUUUGGAUAACUUCAUUAUCCAGUAGAUUAUAGAAGUUUUCCAUAAAUUCAGCUUCAAACAGUGAUUCAAUGUCAUUACCAUUCAUUUGAUACCACAAGCAAGCAUGAUAUUCACCACCGAAAAUCUAAGCUAUACAAUGAAGAUAUUUUGUGUGCAUAUGGUUCUACUGAAUUUAUGCAAGGAUACAGUUUUUUAUUGAAAGAAUAACCACUGACUAAUUUUUGGUGGCAUUUCUCUGUAGACAUGUUUGUACAAUACAAAAUUAGAAUACAUUAGUAAGAUGUUUUAAUGACUUUUGAACUAAUUUGUGAAGUCGCACAAUAAAGGACAAAAGUAGGCAUAUCACUGCUUUGACACAGAGUUACAAAGAGAUACAGUCAUCACAAUUAUCCAAAUAGUUCACAAGGUAUGUUUAACCAAGAACAGAUGUAUCUGUCAAAGUAAUUAUUUCAAUCUAGUAUUUUCAGGGCUGAGUUUUACCUGGGAUGUGUAGUGAUUCUUUUUAAGUGGGGGAAAUUAGGGAGACAUUGUUCAAGUGCUUGAAAAUUUAAUUUUGACAAUGGAAUUUUUUAAGUGACCAUAUUACAGUUUUAGAGUGAGCCUGCCCUUAAGGAAAAGUAAUGUGAUACUAAAUUAGAAAAAAACAUAUGAAACUGGUGUGGUAGUAUGCUUUAGAGACUAGCUACAAAGAGGUAGAGUUAUUAUAGACAUAAAAGAAUAAAAGUGGACUCUCCUUGGAAAUUUUAAAACAUAUGUAUAUGUGUGUGCAUGUGUGUGUAUGUAUGUAUAUUAAAUAUAUAUUAAUAUGCACACACAAUGGUUUAGAAAUGGAACAUGGUAUGAUGACUCUACUGAUAUGUCUAUGUAAUAAAAUGGUGUGCUUUGAAACUA